AUGUCGACCCCCCCUGCGGCUGCGACAAGCCCAAAAAGUGUCAAGAGCCCUGCUAAAAGUCCCGCAAAGAGCCUCUCCAAGAGCCCCUCGAAGAGUCCCCCGCAGCAUGCUCAAACAGGCGUGGCAGAUGCAGGAGUUCUCGAGCCGGAGCAUUGGCAACAACUUGCCGAGGAAGAGAAUGCUGACCCUGAUGAUGAUGCUCAUUCAUUGAGUGAGGAGAGCCUCGCGCAAUCUACAGACUCGGUCACCUCUAGUAUUUUUGAGUACCGCAAGCUCCAUGGCAGGACAUACCAUCGCGAGAUUGGUAGUGCACAAUAUUGGGCGGCCAAUGACGAGCGACAGAGUGAGGUCCUUGACAUCAACCAUCACUGUCUUACUCUAGGUAUUGGAGGAAAGCUUCACCUUGCACCCAUCGAUACGAGCAAGAUUACAAAAGCGCUUGAUAUCGGAACUGGUACCGGUAUUUGGGCUUUAGACUUUGCAGAUGAACACCCAAACAUCCAAGUCAUCGGCACCGACGUGUCUCCAAUUCAGCCCUCUUGGGUCCCCCCAAAUGUGCAAUUUGAAAUCGAAGACUGCACCCAAGAAUGGACCUUUGCCUCCGACUCAGCCGACUACAUCCACAUCCGCUGGCUCGUUGGUGCCAUCCCCGAUUGGUACAGCUUCUAUGCCGAAGCGUACAAGACCUGCAAGCCCGGCGGUUGGGUUGAGAGCCAUGAACCCUCUGGUAUCAUUACCUCCGACGACGGCACUGUGGAGGAGAACUCUGCGUUGGAUCAGUGGGGUAAGAUCUUUAUCGAGGGUGCCAAGAAGCUCGGUAUGAGCUUCACCGUGUAUGAAGAAGAGCUGCAGCGCAAGGCUAUGGAGGCUGCUGGCUUUGUGGACAUUCAGCAAUUUGAGUACAAGACACCCAUCGGAGGCUGGCCCAAGGAUCCGGAGCUGAAGGAGCUUGGUCAGUUUGGCAAACUUGCGUUCCUGGCUGAUCCCGAAGGGUUUGUUCUUUUUGUUGCCAAUACCAUUGGUUGGUCAGCGUCCGAGGUUCAUGUUUAUCUUGCGCACGCAAGACGGGAGAUCCAGUCUGGAAAGCAUCAUCCUUACUACAAGCAGCGGGUCGUCUGGGGUCGCAAGCCUGAACAAGCCUAG